CAGGUUUGCCAAAUCCACUGUGUGGAGCUGCAUCGCAGUCGGUGGUUAUUUGUGGACUUUUUUUCAGCACUUUUGGGAGACAAAAAUAAGACAAAAACAGCCUCGUCCCACCCCGACGUGCUGUCGCCGUUCUCCUUCCCCUACUUCCCCCCCGGUAAGGCUCGGAGCUCCUCGCUGCAACCAUGGUGGUGAUGAAGAUGAAGUUCCCCUUUGAGAAAAGGGUGAAGCUUGCCCAGGGAUUGUGGCUCCUGUCCUGGUGUGCCACAGUAGCCGGGGCGGUCACGUUCGCCCUCGGGUGCGUUCUCAAGACAGAGCUACGAAGGAGGGCAGAGGUCAUGGAUAAUGCCGACAUACAUAUCGUGCCCAACACCCUCAUGAUAGUUGGUCUGGCCUCCUUGGGCAUCAACUACUUUGCAUCGAAGAUCUGCCAGGAUGCCUUGGAUGCUGGCAGAUUUCCUCGCUGGAAGACCUUUUUGAAGCCCUACUUUGCCGUUUCUUGUUUCUUCACUGUGCUCAUGCUGCUAGCGAUCAUCAUGAGCUAUGCCAUGAAGGGCAAUCUGGAGUCUUCUCUGAAGGUCGGCCUGAGAAACGGCAUCCGCUUUUAUAAAGACACAGACACCCCCGGACGUUGUUUCCAGAAGCAGAACAUCGAUCGCUUGCAGAUGGACUUUCAAUGUUGCGGAAAUAACGAUCAUAGGGAUUGGUUUGAGGUUCAGUGGAUCAGCAAUCGCUACCUUGAUUUCAACUCCAACGAAGUAAAAGUCCGCGUCAAGAGCAACGUCGACGGCCGAUACUUGGUAGACGGAGUCCCGUUCAGUUGCUGUAAUCCUAGUUCUCCUCGACCAUGCAUCCAAUAUCAUCUUACCAACAAUUCAGCUCAUUAUAAUUACGAGUACGAGACAGAGGAGCUCAACAUCUACCUGCGAGGCUGCAGGGAGGCCCUGCUCAACUACUUCAUGGGUCUGAUGAACACCAUUGGGGCUGGAGUCCUCUCAGUCUUCCUCUUACAGGGUUCCGUGCUGGUGAGUUUGCGCUUCCUGCAGACCUCCAUGGAGGCAGUAGCAGGGGAGGAGAACACGGAGAUUGAGACAGAAGGAUACUUACUGGAGAAGGGAGUGAAAGAUACCUUCAUGGAGUACUUUGACCCUGUGCUCAAGUUCCUGUUGCUUAAAAACCAGGUACAGGAAGGCACUCCUGAAGGCACAGUAACCGCCUAAACACAAAAGUCGGACAUGUAAAUUUUUUUUUUUCUUUUGCCUGUCACUUUAAGUACCUGGUAUAGAUAGAUCAACAAAGAUACAUUAUUUAUUGUGAAUAGAUAUUUUACAAAGCAAUUAUAUGAAAUUGGAAGUUUUAUGACAUAUGUGCCACAACACAGUGGUUAGGAGUCAUUACAAUGAAAAACAGAAGAAUUGCAGUAUUUGUAGGACAGAUUCUUGGGCUCAAAACAUUUGUAUGUAGUAUUUAUUCUUGUUUUUACUUUGAUAGAUAUAAUUACAUUUCAUUGAAAUUUCA